AUGUGGAUAGUGGACAAAGAAGUGGAGGAAGCAGAAACACUUUCCCCCAGAAGUGAAGUGGUGCCGACCAAGAAGAGCAAGGAGAAGAAGAAGACAUAUAAAGGAGAUAGGGUGGACAUCAAUAAUGAAGAAACCAUGAUUUUGGGGGGAUAUGCUGCUUUGUUAAUUGCAUCCGCCCAAAACAUCUUGGGUUAUCCUACAUGCAACCUCAUACUUCUUGUGCACUCAUUCAGAGUUCUAUUCAUCCUUUCAGCAACUCCAUUUUGCUGCGACAAUAACUUUAUAAACGAAGAAACUCUACUUAUCGAAACCGAUGUUGUGGCGGGCAAGUACCCAUAUUGGAAUCGCAGCUUGGGCGCUGAUCAUUUUAUGCUGGCCUGUCAUGACUGGGGGCCAGAGGCUUCCUUUGCUGUUCCACAUCUUCACAGGAACUCGAUCAGAGUCUUGUGUAAUGCAAAUACCUCCGAAGGCUUCGACCCGUCCAAGGAUGUCUCGUUUCCAGAAGUAAAUCUCCACACCGGCGCGAUAAGUGGCCUAAUUGGGAGGCCAUCCCCGCACCGCUCAAUAUUGGCAUUCUUUGCCGGCGGGCUUCACGGGCCCAUCAGGCCUAUUCUCCUUCAGCACUGGGAAAACAAGGAUGAGGACGUGAAGGUCCAUCGGUACCUCCCUCGAGGCGUGUCUUUCUACGACAUGAUGAGAAGGAGCAAGUUCUGCAUUUGCCCGAGUGGCUACGAGGUUGCGAGCCCGAGAGUGGUGGAGGCUAUCUACACGGGAUGUGUGCCGGUGCUGAUCUCAGACCACUACGUGCCCCCGUUCAGCGACGUCUUGAACUGGAGGUCGUUCUCGGUCGAGGUUACUGUGAGAGAGAUCCCGAAUCUGAAGACGAUACUCUCUAGCAUCUCGUCAAGGCAGUACAUAAGGAUGCAGAGGAGGGUCGCGCAGGUCCGACGGCAUUUCGAGGUUCACUCUCCGCCCAAGAGAUAUGAUGUGUUUCACAUGAUACUUCAUUCCGUGUGGCUUAGGCGACUGAAUGUUGGAUUGAGCGACAAUCAGUGA